AUGCUGAGCCUCCUCGUCUGGAUCCUCACUCUCUCCGACACUUUCUCCCAAGGGACCCAGACCCGCUUCAGCCAGGAGCCGGCCGACCAGACUGUGGUGGCGGGACAGCGGGCCGUGCUCCCCUGCGUGCUGCUCAACUACUCGGGCAUCGUGCAAUGGACCAAGGAUGGCCUGGCGCUGGGCAUGGGCCAGGGCCUCAAAGCCUGGCCGCGGUACCGGGUCGUGGGCUCUGCGGAUGCUGGGCAAUACAACCUGGAGAUCACGGAUGCCGAGCUGUCCGACGACGCCUCCUACGAGUGCCAGGCCACGGAGGCCGCCCUGCGCUCACGGCGGGCCAAGCUCACCGUGCUCAUCCCCCCGGAGGACACCAGGAUCGACGGCGGCCCUGUGAUUCUGCUGCAAGCAGGCACCCCCCACAACCUCACGUGCCGAGCUUUCAACGCCAAGCCGGCCGCCACCAUCAUCUGGUUCCGGGAUGGGACGCAGCAGGAGGGCGCUGUGGCCAGCACGGAACUGCUGAAGGAUGGGAAGAGGGAGACCACCAUCAGCCAGUUGCUCAUUAACCCCACAGACCUGGACAUUGGGCGUGUCUUCACCUGCCGCAGCGUGAACGAGGCCACCCCGACUGGCAAGGAGACUUCCAUCGAGCUCGACGUGCACCACCCUCCCACGGUGACCCUGUCCAUUGAGCCACAGACGGUGCAGGAGGGGGAGCGCGUUGUCUUCACUUGCCAGGCCACAGCCAACCCCGAGAUCCUGGGCUACAGGUGGGCCAAGGGCGGCUUCUUGAUUGAAGAUGCCCAUGAGAGUCGCUAUGAGACAAAUGUCGACUAUUCCUUCUUCACGGAGCCUGUGUCCUGUGAGGUUCACAACAAAGUGGGGAGCACCAACGUCAGCACCUUAGUAAAUGUCCACUUUGCCCCCCGGAUCGUAGUUGACCCCAAACCCACGACCACAGAUAUUGGCUCUGAUGUGACCCUCACCUGUGUCUGGGUGGGGAAUCCCCCCCUCACCCUCACCUGGACCAAAAAGGAUUCAAACAUGGUCCUGAGUAACAGCAACCAGCUGCUGUUGAAGUCAGUGACCCAGGCCGAUGCGGGCACGUACACCUGCCGGGCCAUCGUGCCUCGGAUCGGCGUGGCUGAGAGGGAGGUGCCCCUUUACGUGAAUGGGCCCCCCAUUAUCUCCAGUGAGGCGGUGCAGUACGCUGUCAGGGGUGACGGGGGCAAGGUGGAGUGUUUCAUCGGGAGCACGCCACCCCCGGACCGCAUUGCCUGGGCAUGGAAGGAGAACUUCCUGGAGGUGGGGACCCUGGAGCGCUACACGGUGGAGAGGACGAACUCGGGCAGUGGGGUGCUGUCCACGCUCACCAUCAACAAUGUCAUGGAGGCAGACUUCCAGACGCACUACAAUUGCACGGCCUGGAACAGCUUUGGGCCCGGCACGGCCAUCAUCCAGCUGGAAGAGCGAGAGGUGCUGCCCGUGGGCAUCAUUGCCGGGGCCACCAUCGGUGCGGGCGUCCUGCUCACCUUCUUCUUCAUCGCUUUGGUAUUCUUCCUCUACCGCCGCCGCAAAGGCAGUCGCAAGGACGUGACCCUGAGGAAGCUGGACAUCAAGGUGGAGACUGUCAACCGCGAGCCACUUACGAUGCAUUCAGACCGGGAGGAUGAUACAGCCAGCGUGUCCACUGCGACUCGGGUCAUGAAGGCCAUCUACUCGUCCUUCAAGGACGACGUGGACCUGAAGCAGGACCUGCGCUGCGACGCCAUGGACACGCGGGAGGAGUACGAGAUGAAGGACCCCACCAACGGCUACUACAACGUGCGCGCCCACGAGGACCGGCCGGCGUCGCGGGCUGUGCUCUACGCGGACUACCGCGCCCCCGGGCCCGCGCGCUUCGACGGGCGCCCGGCCUCACGCCUCUCGCACUCGAGCGGCUACGCGCAGCUCAGCUCGUACAGCCGCGCCCCCGCGUCCGACUUCGGCCCCGAGCCCGCCGCCCCCGGGCCCGCCGCCCCCGCCGGCGCCGACUCGGCCGGCACGUUGUCCUAUGAGAACUACGACAAGUUCAACCCGCACCCCUUCCCCGCGGCGGCGGGCUACCCCACCUACCGACUGGGCUACCCCCAGGCGCCGCCGUCCGGCCUGGAGCGGACCCCGUUCGAGGCGUACGACCCGAUCGGCAAGUACGCCACGGCCACCCGCUUCUCCUACACCUCGCAGCACUCGGACUACGGGCCGCGGUUCCAGCAGCGCAUGCAGACUCACGUGUAGGCCCGGCGCCCGGCCGGGGCGCCUCUGCGGGGCAGAGGACGAGGCUCUCACAGCCGUUCCCUGAUAUUCAGGGGCGUUGCGCGUCGCUCCCGGCCCGGACCAGCCUUCCUCCGCCGCCGCCGCCGCCGCUGCGGCAGGUGGGGAGCAGGUCUCCCGGAAACACCCCGUCCCGAGGAUGGUGCUCUGUGCAUGCCCCAGCCUCCUG